CAUGAGUAUCGAACACCAGCCACUGAAGAGCGUAAUGCGAACGACGGACUCUUCCACGUACAGCGACAGAGAUGAAGCGCCGUCGCGAAUUAACUUAACGAAAGGAGGUGGUGAUCGUCUGAUCUCGGUCGAAAAAAUACAGCUCUUCAUCCUGAUCAUCGUCGCUGCCGUUAUGCUAACGCUUUUGGUAAGCGGCCUUGCCAUUGCGUACAGAAGAGCACCUGCUCGUGCCACCUUUAACGGCUGCAACACGAACGACUGCAGGUUUCAUGCUGAGUUGCUCACCAGGGCGCGGGCAGACGCCGUGCCAUUAUGUGCAAAUUUCUACGGUCACGUUUGCGGAAACUGGUAUCGAAUGAGAGACGUGGGAACAGGUGCGUUGGACGAUCCCUACUUUCACGAUGCUGAGCUGAGUUUCAUUAACCUCCAAACCGCGAAAGCAAAGCAGACACUUCCAGGGAGUAUGUUCCACAAGUGCUUCCACGAAACGCCUCUUAACAGGGAGACGUUGCCUCUGCUACGGUCGCUUAUGGUGGAGCUGGGCCUUUUUAGUUACAAUGCCAUGGCGGGUAGAGAUCCGUUGGACAUUCUCCUAGAAAUGGUGCUGAAAAGAGGAAUGGCCUUCUGGUACGAUAUUCGCCUUUUGAAGCAAAAAAACACGGCACGAGUUUUAUUAUUCCAUCAUCACAGGCUCGUUGAAGACUGGCAUCAACGAAUGGAAUUAUGCAAUGAUGAACAACGCUACACAAAAGUCGUACAACAAUACCUGAACAUUAUCGGUACCUUUCUGAACGUCUCUAUCACUGGACUUCUGGAGGACGACAAAGUUAUUCUUCGAUCCCUUCUUAACAUUACCUCGGCAGAACCGGUUGAGGACGUGACUUCUAUUGACCUUAUUCAACGCUGGACCCCACAUAUUACUGGUACCUUGUGGUUACAUCUCCUGAACACGCACUACGCUCCUUACCAUGUUGUCCGUGGCAACUCUACCGUGCUAGCUGAAGAUGUCAGACUUCUGAAUGCACUGGACAAUCUGUUGAGCACAAUCCCGCCAGACAGAAUAGUUUCCGUGUUAGCGUGGCAUUUUGUACAAGAGCAUGGUUGGAUGGCCGGCCCCGAAGCUGAGCAGCUCCGUUUCGGCACCGAUGCAAGUCAUGAGUGGCGCAAGAAGAUGACGUGCUUGAAAUACACCAGGCAAGUCUACGGUUUGUUUACUGAUGUCGGCAGAGAUCGUUUCAUAUACAAGGCGAGUGAAAGAGGUAAGAUCGACGACCUUCUACAUUCAAUUAACCGGAAGGCGAUCGCAAUGGUCGGCGGCUUUCGUUGGAUCGAUGACUUGUCCAAGGAGGUAAUUAGUGCGAAGAUAACGGACAUGAAGGUGGAGCUCUGGCCAGCAGAUCCUUUCUUCAGCUACACAGCUUUGCAGCAUCUGUACAACAACUUCCCUAUGACCAGAGACUCCUUCCUGGAGAGCUUUCUUAACGCAACUGAGAUUCGCAGAUCACUCGUCAAUCACGUGCACGCUGAUGACGUCUACAACCGAGACGUCAUGAGUCCAUUUGGAUUGUUUGGAUACAGUCAUUACCUGAACACAGUUAUGGUCUCCAUAGCAGCUUUAAACUAUCCACUUUACUAUCCUCGUGGAACGCUUGCAAUGAACUAUGGUGGACUUGGAUUUCAAUAUGCGAAAGAAAUUGUAAAAGUGCUCGACCACGUCGUCUGGUGGUCGAAGUCAACGGCCAGCAAGUAUAAGCUACGGAUGUCCUGUACUGUGCGUGGGAUAAACGAGGCGCGUGUCCGUAACAGAUUCCUACUGCUUCUCGCUCUGGAUAUUGCGUUCUGGACGUUCAGUACAGUGAUUGAAGAUACGUCUAUAACUAGCGCUGACUUGAGAGAGUACGGCGCCCAAGCUACAUUCUUCAUGACGCAUUGCUAUUCCAUGUGUAGCAGUUCUAGGAGUGAGACGGACGAGUGCAAUUAUCCUCUCAUGAAUUCUUACCAAUUUCAAAAAGCUUUUAAAUGUCCGGACAAUACAUACAUGAAUCCAAAACAAAAAUGCGAAGUAUUCUUCUGAACGUCGCUUUGGUGACCCUUUUGGCAUUGUGUUAUUAAAACGUAUUUGUUCCA